GCUUUGCAUUGUGGAUCAUUCCCCUCACUCACUACCACCCAGUCACCCACUAUAUUCCUUCAUUGGAACACCUCCUUCCCCCACCGCACCUGCCACCGGAGACGGAGGCGGCGACACACCCGACUGUACCUUAAUCUCCGUUUUCCUCUUUACUUUUCAAAUUCAUCUAUCAUUCCCCAGUUUCUCAGCUAGGGAGUGGUAUCCAAUCCCAUCUACAUCAUUUGUGCUUUGUGGCUCAUACACCCGGUACAAAGGCUAGGGGGUGGAUGAGAGAUCAGUUUACAAACUAGCAGUGUUGAGUAAUAGUUAGGACAAAAAUGGCAAGCUGCUGCAGCAGAGUCAUGGUUGCAAUGAGAUCAGGAACAACCAUGCUAGUUGGUAGUACAAGAAGCACCACCACCUUCCCCAGUUUGCUUUUUAAGAAGAGAGAAAAACGCAGUUACUCUAUCAAAUCUUCUACUCUUGACCCUCCUGAUGUCGGUCGUUUGGCUGAAACCGCUCGUAUAGCUCUCACCCCCAAGGAGGUGCAAGAAUUUGGUCCUAAAAUUCAGCAAGUCGUUGAUUGGUUUGGACAACUUCAAGCCGUCGAUCUUGAAAGCAUAGAGCCGGCUAUUCGUUCAGAUAUUGACGGCAAGAAUUUACGGGAAGAUAUACCUCAAACAUUUGACAAUAGAGAUGCUAUUAUAGCUGCUAUCCCAAGUUUUGAGGAACCAUACAUCAAGGUGCCCAAAGUUUUAAACAAAAUGUAACAGCUGAUAUGGUUUUUGUUUCAAGAAUUUUCUGAAGCUGUUCAAGGAGAUCCCUAGUCAGAACAAUAUCUAACUGGGAAUGAAGUACUUGUUGUCUAACUAAAAGUGAAUCGGAUUGUAAGGUAUUGGAAGGCCAUUUGUAACGCUUACCGAGUUACCGACUUAGUCCAUUUUGAAUCUGAAGCUUUGAAAUCCUUACCGAAUGUCAAUCCUCAUGUAUUCAUGGUAUACUUGAAAGUGGUUUCUUAACCUUGGACUUCAUUUUGUAUGUUCACUUGCUUUAAUGUCGGUGGCCUGUGCCAUGAUUUUCUUGGA